GUCAGUCAGUCAGCCCGGGCCCUCCUCAUUAAGGCGGCCACACUGAUCAUCACAUCACAGCUGCAAAUUUCUCCUGCCUUCCCCCGAUUUCUCUCUUCCUGCAAUCCUCCUCCCAGUUUCGUUCGCUCCAUUUUCUUUCUUUUCUCACUCGCUCUAAUUUCACCAAUUCAGUAGCGGAGGUGCGCGCGCGGCGCGGGCAUAUGGAGAGGCGGAGGUGGUGGUGGUCGUCGUCGUCGUCGGCGGCGGCGGCGAUGCUCUUGGUGCUCAUCAUCCCCGCCGCGGCAUCCCGCCCACCGCAUGGAUCCGUAGCAGCAGCAGCAGCAAAAGAAUCCAGUGCUCAGAACAGUGAGCAGAGCUUUGGUUUUAACCUUACACUUGCCAAAACUAUUGUGGAGUAUGCUUCAGCUGUUUAUAUGACAGAUCUAACAGAGCUCUAUACGUGGACCUGCUCGAAAUGCAAUGACUUAAUCCAAGGCUUUGAGAUGAGAUGUUUAAUCGUGGAUGUACAGAACUGCUUGCAGGCAUUUGUUGGUGUCGAUCAUAGUCUCAAUUCUAUCAUUGUUUCAAUCAGGGGAACUCAAGAGAACAGUGUACAGAAUUGGAUUAAAGACAUGCUAUGGAAGCAAGUUGAUCUCAACAACCCAGACAUGCCCAAUGCAAAGGUCCACACUGGAUUUUACUCUUCUUACAAUAAUACAAUUUUACGUCCAGCCAUCGGAAACGCCGUUCGCAAGGCGAGGAAGUUAUAUGGAGAUAUUAGGAUAAUAGUUACAGGGCAUUCCAUGGGAGGAGCCCUUGCUUCUUUCUGUGCACUUGAUCUUGCGAUUACCCAUGGAGGCAACAACGUUUACCUGAUGACUUUUGGGCAGCCGCGUGUUGGCAAUGCCGCAUUUGCGUCCUACUUCGCCAAAUAUGUGCCCAAUGCAAUUCGAGUGACACAUGAGCAUGACAUUGUGCCGCAUUUGCCCCCAUAUUUUUUCAUCUUUCCAGAUCAAACAUACCAUCACUUCCCAAGAGAGGUCUGGGAACAUGAAGUUGAUGGCAACACGAUCUAUCAAGUCUGCGACGGCAGCGGCGAAGAUCCAAACUGCUCCAGGAGCGUGUUUGUGUUGUUCUGGAGCGCGUCGGAUCAUCUGACCUACCUGGGCGUCGACAUGGAGGCCGACGACUGGAGCAACUGCAGGAUCGUCCUUGGCCGGAGCGUCGAGACGCUCUUCCUGCAGGCGGCGAGCCUGGCCAGCGUCGAUGUCGUCGUUGCGGAUCACGGUGUGCAGGUUGAUUGGAGCUAGCAGAAAAUCUUUCGGGAA